AUGUCAUCGGUUGUGACUGAUGGUGCAAAAUCUAUGGUUGGCAAAAAUAUUGGUUUUGUUGGAUUAUUGCGCAAAUCUGAUAUUAAUGUUCCUGCAAUACAUUGCAUUAUUCAUCAAGAAGCGUUGUGUGUUAUAAAACAAGAAUUUGAUAAUGAAUUUAAUUUUGAACAUUGCAUUACCCACAUUGAUGAAUUGAUUGUAGAGUUCAAAAAACGAUUUGAAGAAAUUGAACUUAUGCGUCCUCAAAUAAAUUUAUUUAAUAAUCCUAUGGCAGUUGAUCCAUUUUUAUCUGCAAAAGAGAUUGAUGUGUCAUUUUGGAAAACAUUACCAGUUGAAAAAUAUCCAAUUCUAAGAGAUUUCGCAUUAAAAAUGUUAUCUAUGUUUGGAACCACAUACAUAUGCAAAUGUACAUUUUCGAACUUGAAACAUAUUAAAUCGAAGGAAAGAAAUCGUUUUACAGAUGAAACCUUGAGACAUUUACUAAGAGUUUCAACUACAGAAAUAGAAGUGGAUUUUACAAAAUUGUCCAUUGAAAAACCUCAUCCUUAG